AUGUCAGCUAGCAGAUUAGACGCUGUUUACCGAAGUAUACUCCUAACCAAAUUUUUCACAAAAGGUUGGGGCAAGCCAGAAAAUUUGCGGAGGUUAUUUGAAUUCAGAAAAGUAGUAUCAAACCGGGAUGAAUGCUUCAAUUUGGUUGAAAGGGACUACCCUGUAACUAUAACUAAGGAACAAAAUCUCACAGACUGUAAGCUAGUAGAGGGAUACUUUCUCACACCACUGGAAAGAUAUCUUCCUGGGAUAGUUCCUGAAAUUGCACAGAAAGCUCAUUUUCAAGCUCUGCUUCCAGUACAUUGGCCUGAGCCAGGCUGCAAACCAGUAUGCUUACAUCUUGCUGGUACAGGUGAUCAUUUUUUCUGGCGCCGGAGAAAUCUAAUGGUGAAGCCUUUGUUAAAAGAAGCAGCUAUUGGCGGAAUUAUAUUGGAGAAUCCAUUUUAUGGACUUCGUAAGCCCACAGAUCAAGUUCGAUCUUCCCUGCAUAACGUGUCGGACAUUUUUGUGAUGGGAGGAUGUCUGAUUCUGGAAUCGCUGGUGCUUUUUCAUUGGUGUGAACGUAAUGGACUUGGUCCGUUAGGCGUUACCGGACUUUCUAUGGGUGGACAUAUGGCGUCACUGGCAGCAACAAAUUGGCCAAAGCCCAUGGUGCUAGUUCCUUGUCUCUCUUGGUCUACUGCUUCAGCUGUAUUCUUACAGGGAGUUAUGUCACAUUCGAUAAACUGGGAUUUACUUGAGGACCAAUACUUAUCAGAUGGAGUUUACAGAGAAAAGCUGUCCAAAAUGGUCACUAUAGUAGACGAGGCAUUCUUGGCUGGGAAAAAGUUUGCUCGCACUUACUCUGAGAAUGUACAAAACGAGAAACAAGAGAAUAUAAAUAUAACAGAAUUGAGUGACGCAAAAGUACCUAUUAAAAUAACACAUACUGAAAGUUUAAGUGAAGAGUUAAGAAAGAUGCAAGGUGAAAAUAAAAUUAGUAAAGCGCUGUAUGAUAAACUUACAUCUAAUACAACAUUUGAGUUAGACGCCCAAGAUAUAUCAGAGAUAAAUAAAUUAAAUAAAAAUGAACUAAAAAACUUUCUAUUCAAAUAUAGAGUCGAUGAUCAUGUAAAAAGUAUUGCCAUUAAAUCACCUAAAGAACAUCUAGAAGAUACGAAAACAGACGGCAAUAAAAAUUUGAUCAAUACUGAAAAAGUUAGUAGAAAAUCGCCAAAUAUGCACGUGCAUGAUUCAGGCAAUGGCACUAAAACUGAAAAUAAAGAAAAAGUUAACGAAACCAGUAAACAUUCUGAUGAAAUCGAGUAUAAAGAAUUCAAACCAGAGAAAAAGACGUGGAAUGUAUCAGAAAUAACUUCGGAUUUUUGGACAAGCUUACCGUUUCUAAAGUCAUCGGGGAAGAAAAUAGAUAUAGGAAAGAUACAUUGGAGGGACAGAGAAGCUUUGCAGUUCAUGAGAGGCAUUAUGGAUGAAUGUACCCAUUUGAGCAAUUUCUCGGUACCAUAUGAUACCUCUUUGAUUAUUGCUGUGUGCGCCAAACAUGACGCGUAUGUACCUAGAGAGGACGUGGGUCGACUGGAAGAGAUAUGGCCCGGAGCAGAAGUGCGUUACGUCGACGCUGGACACGUGUCUGCUUACAUACUGCAUCAGUCAGUCUUUAGGGCCUGCAUAAAAGAAGCAUUCGAACGUUCAAAGAAAAAAUGGAAAGACGGAAAACACAUCGAAUGA